AUGCCAUCUGCCACCAAUCAUACAACAUUCACUUUCCAAUCUACUUCCCCAAAUCACAUGUUUGGCAUUCUCAAAAGCCAGAAAACAAUACAGCUGUCAAAACAUGAAUCAGUUUUUUGUUUGACAUCUGGCAUUGACUUACAAUUCACGCCAACCAAAAAGCAAACCAAGAAAAGAACCAACAAGAAAACUUCCAACAAGAAUAAUCUUUUAGAAAAUUUAUCUGAUUGCACAACAAGUGAAAUUUCACAAGAUUCGACAAUGUCACUAAUCAUUUCACAACAUGUCAAACCACAAACUCAAUUUAUAGCUUCUCCACAACAAACUCCAUCAAUUUCGAAUACAACAAGUUCAAAUUUGCCAAAAUCAUCACUUUCGUCCAAUGCAAAUACGAAUGUCAGUAAGAAAGUUAUUCGAACUUCAAUUUCCAUUCGAGAAUUAUUAAAUUAA